CGCAUAUGCGAUCACUGAAAAAACCACGUGGACGCGACGGUGGAUUUGUAGUUACUUUGAAAAGGGGAGAUCCCCUUUGGUCCGUUUGGAUGCGCUCGGAGUGAGAGUCGGCUAGGCGCAUGACUAUGCAGGCGAGAUGAAUUUUUGAUUUGAAAACAGAGAGCUUGUGCUACAGAAGCAUGUUGUCUUGUCUGUGUCUCUCUGGAGACGUUGUGUGCUGAACAAAUGAGUGUGGAGUGGAGAAAUGGCGAUGUAGCCUUGCUGAAUCACCAGAGUGGUGGCACGCUGCCAGUCAUUCCCACACAACUCCUAUGUAAGAAUGAUGAAAAUCCUGGUCCAGGAGAAGUAGUCAAACUGAAGGAUGACCUGUUUUGCAUCCAGGAGAGCUACUUUCAGCCUGUAUUGGACAGUGGAAAGUCUUCCUCUAAGAGGAAGCGUAAAUCUACUGGCUGUGAUGAAGACCCGGCAGAGCGACGUCACCAGCAAGUACUGAGGUACCUGGAGCAUGAUUUGGCAUUUCUACAAAGUAGCCCAGCACCAUGUGAAUAUUUCAGUCGCCAUGCCGACCAAGCUCAACACGCGAAAGUUAUAAUAGGAAGUGACGAGAUCAAGAAGCUAGGUGUGGGUGAUCAGCUGAAGCAGUUGUCAGCUCUGGCCUCACAAUGUCUGCCUGGUCAGCCUGUGCAGUAUGAGAAUGAUGAGGAGAUCGACAGCAGUGCACCAAGCUUAGUCCUGGAUGUUGACGUAGAUCACUCUGCUGGCAUGCGCGACUGCCUGUUCAACACCCACGUACAGCACCGCUGCGACCGUGCAUGCCUUGUGGAUAUCAAGCUCGGCAAGUUCAUUUUGCCAGCGCAUUCUUCCUUCGUGAUGUCGGAUGUCUCCAGCAUAGACACCCUUCUCUCUACAGGCUCGCAGUAUGAUGUUAUUGUGAUGGAUCCACCCUGGGAGAACAAAUCCGCUGCUCGUAGCCACAGGUACUCCACACUACCGGUGGGUGACAUUGGCAAACUGCCGGUUAGUGACCUGGCUGCUAAGCACGCACUGGUUGUCAUCUGGAUCACAAACAAGCCUAAACUGAUUGAGACUGUGAUCAAGACUGUGCUGCCAAAGUGGAAACUGCACUACCUCACCGAGUGGCACUGGCUCAAGGUGACGUCCACUGGCGAGCCAGUCAUCCCGUUUGCCAGCACGCACAAGCGCAGCUACGAAACACUACUCCUAUGCCGCCGCUGCUGCACGGAGCAAGUGCGAAGGUGCGCGAAGAGCUGCUGUAUUGGAGUGACCACUACUGCUGCUGAAGCGGUGGCAGCAACAGCGGUGACAUCUUGUGAUGCUGCUGCUUGUCCCGAUGCCAAGCGAUGCCGUCAAGAUGUGUCUACAGCGCCUGGAAGGACCACUGGUGGCAAUGCCAGUAACCUUGCACAAGCUGUACACGUAUCCAGGUCUGAUGUAUGUAGAGAGGGCACUGAUGUUACUCCAUCAACACUCGAGCCUGCCCAUACUGAUGAUCUGUGCAAAACUGCUGGCUCUGUAGCUACAGGCAUUCAGACAAACUCCACACCAAGUCCAGUGUCAGUGGAAAUGCCUGUCAGCGAACAAAUCCAUACGAGUGUGAGUAGCAGUGGUGAUCCCUGUACAAAGUCACUGGAUUGUGUGGACUUUCAGGGUGUUGAAGCAAGAGAAUGUCCAUCCGCUCUCGCCCAUUCACCUUCAUCAUCAAGCAGUGAUGAGCAGCAGCGAAUCACGUUGACGUCCCACGUUGAAAGCCGCUGCACAGACAGCUGCGGUGAAAUCAACAAUACGACCAUGGACGUGGAUGCUGAGACAUCACAUUGCAAGCAGCUACCGUCUCACCUAACCCUGGUAUCAAUACCAUCCCGAGUGCAUUCUCACAAGCCACCUUUAUCAGAUAUCCUCCAACCUUACAUUCCUAGAGACGUCCGAUGUCUUGAGUUAUUCUCCAGAACUCUAACCAGUGGCUGGACAUCUUGGGGCAAUGAGGUGUUGGCAUUACAGCAUGUGGACUUCUACCAGCGUUCCCCGCCGUGUGAAUGACAGUACUUGCUCUAAUAGCAAUCGUACUUCGCACUCUUCGCUGUGAUGUACUUCAAGUGCUGCCAUCCAGCUACGCACUUCCCCUUUUUUCACAGGGAAUAUGACUCAUGGUGUGGAGUGUGAUGAUGUCAUUACUGACCUCUGUGGCAUUCUGCUGUUGGUGCUAGAGGUGCAAGCACGUGCACGCUGGGGAGUCUGGGAGAAGUGCUGCUACUGGAGCUAAGCUGCAGGACAACGAUGCCUACAACAUGAUGGACAGCACUCCCUGGUCCCUGUGGCGACCGGCACCACUCGUCCAUCUUCGUUUAGAGACGAGCACCAUCACGGAAUUCUGCAGUUCUUGCCACCAAGAGGGGCAAGUGCUAACGGAGAGUGGCGGUGGAGAUUCUGCUGGGCAAAGCCCGGUGCUUUACUGGAUACGAGUGCCCGUCCGUGCACACUGUGCGAUUGAGGCAUGUUUCGUUGUUUGUCUUUCCUGUGGUGAACGGUAAACAAUCAAAAUUGCCAGCGUCUUCCGCCCUCUAACCUAUGGUCUAGAAUAACUACAUAGAUAUUCUGCAAUUGGGUUACUCAACGUCUUCCUCUUUGCUGCUGCACUGCGUUGAAGAUCAGCUAUGCAUACCUGUGUUGCUGGUGUGUUUGAUCAUAAUAAUUAUUAUAAUGACUGUUAUGAUUAUACUUGUCUCCCUCUUACUCUACGAGUUGCAGCUUGCUCUGCUCUCGUCAUACCGGUACAUGUACUUCAAAUACUACUACCAAGCACUCGUCGAAUCAUGCAUUUCAGAAGCUGGUGUAUACACUGAGUACACCCGCCUCUACACCGCUUGCAAAUCCAUGCUAUUGAGAAGUGCAUAGCCCAGUUAUCUGUUGCUUCCCAUUGUGCAUGUUUCUAAUUCUAUUAGUCUGUCAGACUCAGUACCUUCGCCAGGGUGAUCCCUCAAACAGAGCAGUGGGGGUCCAAUGUUGCCUUUUUCUCGUUCCAAGGAACUGAUCUAUUUCCAACUUUGAGAUAAAAAAAACAGAUGAACUUCA